GGUCCCAUUGGUCCUAUGGGAAUGUCACAGGCUUUCCAACGCCUCCUGAACGCCUCCUUUGCAAAAACGCGCCAUGUGAACUUGUUUACAUUUUAUGUGACCAUCGGCUAGCAUGGACCAACGACGUGCUUUAAGCGCCGUCGUGGCGACGCUCGUGACAGGCAUUCUAGACAGUAGCAGUAGUAGUAGCAGUAGCGACAGUGAGGAAGAACUUUUACUGCAUGAACUGUUGAGUGCCGCCAAUGAAACUCACGUACCGAGGCUGGGUGAAUGCGUCGAGAAAGCUCUGUUAAAAUACUCGGACGAAGAGUUCUUCCAGGAUUUCCGGAUACGUCGUAACGUCGUUCUGCUACUCAUUGAACGGUACGCGCAGUCAAGUUUCUAUGUCCCGCGUGCUGAUCACGGUGGAUGCCCGCAGAAAAGCCCCGAAGAACACAUUCUUUGCUUUCUUUGGUACGCUACCAACAAGGUUUGCAUCAAAGAAGUUGCCAUUCGCUUUGGCAUAAGUGAAAGCACAGUUCAUGGUAUUACAGAGAGGUUGCUAGAUUACUUGUGCAGCCUCCUUCCAAAAGAAAUAUGUUUUCCUGAAGACCUGGACUCACUCGUAGACGGCUUUGAGCAGCUUGCCGACUUUCCUGGAGUUGUUGGCUGCAUUGGAGGGAUGCGCAUCAAUACACGCAGUCCAGCCCAUUCCCAAAGAGGAUCUGCAAGCAAUGGGCAGGGCUCUGCAUCCGUCAUUCUGCAAGCAGUAUGUGACAGCAGCUGCCGUUUUAUGGAUGUCUUCGUUGGGCCGCCUGGAGAUUUUGAACUAGAAAGUGUCUUCCUUGCAUCACCUUUAGCUGAAGAGCUUCCGUACUGGUGUCAGGACAAGUACCACCUUUUGGGUGGUGGGGGCUACCCACUGCGUGAAUACUUGCUCACCCCCUAUGACAGUAAUGCCUCAGACUGUGCCGAACCUCCUGAAAUGGUAUUCAACAAGCGACACGAGAAAACCAGGACCAAGAUUGCCGACACCUUCAUGCUUCUGAGGCAGCGAUUCAGGCAGCUGCACUUUCUGGAAUUUGUGACAGCAAACAAGAUGCGCAGGUUUAUCAUGGCUUGCUGUGUUCUCCAUAAUCUCUGUGUGCAAGCUGGGGAUGUUGAACUGGAUUUUGAGUGCCUGGACACCGAUAGCGGUUUUGUAAGCGCAUGCAGUGAGUUGGACACAGAGGCAGAGGAAGAAGACGAGAGAGAGCUUGGCAGUUUGAAGCGAGACAAACUUGCUCAAAGUUUCAUCACAUAAUUGCUCUUUUUGUUGUAAAUUUCCUAAUUGUACAGUAAAUAUGGAACUUUAGUGAGCUUA